UAACUUAGAUGAAUUUAAUAUAAUUAUUAUAUUGUCUGUUUAAAAAAAAAAAUAGACAAAUGAAAUAUAAUAUCAAUAAAUAAGGCUCCUCAUUGUCUAAUUUGGAAAAAGAACUUAAUAUUUUGGCAAAUUUACUCUAUUUGUUUUUUUGUUGGGAAAUGUAAAGGUUAUUCUCACAUGUUAUUUUAUUGUUUGUGUAUAUAAAUGUAGUGUUUUCCUAUGCAAAACAAAGAUGCGUUGAGAAAAUUUCACUUUUAUUCAAAUUUGUUCAACUUUGAUUGUCUUAGGUUGUAGAAAGAUUAUUCAGAGCUUACACAAUAGAUUUCGAGAAUUGAAAUCGGUAAAUUCCUUCAAUUUUAGGUUUGAGCGCUAAAAGAUAAUUAUAUGCCCUAAAAUAAUUAACCAUGUCAAUAAAUAGUAUCAAAGUUGAAGAAAAUCGAGUAGAAUCAUCAAUAAGAGCUUUAGACUUUAAAGUUUCUGGUAUAAGAUUUGGUAAAUCGUUUCGAUUUUAGGUUUAAGCUAUAAAGGACUAUUAUGCCCUAAACAAUCAACUUUGUUGAUAAAUGAGAUCAAAGUUGAAGAAAAUUAAGUAGAAGUGAGAUUUUUCAAUGCGUUCUACACAGAAAAUUAUACAUCAUUAAAAUGUACUUGUGAUUUCCAUUGUUAGUGUCUUAAUUUUUCUUUUACUUACUAAAUCUUUAGUUGACCCUGCCAUUACGAUUGCCUGCACUGCUUGAUGAAACAAAUGCUAUAACUUUCAACUCAAUGAAAGAAAUAUUUAGUGGAACUUGAAGAAUCACCAACCCAUAGAAUGCUUAUAAUGGUAAUGAACUAAUAAUCCAUAAGUGUUUCUCUGUCAAUCUUACUCUCUAAUCACAACAUACAUUUUCGUAAGAGCAUUUUACUUCUUAGCUUUUCGAUACGGAUUAUGAUAAUUUUUCUUCCCUUUUAUUUGAUGAGAUUUUAUAUUUUGUUUGAAUCUUGUUCUUGUUUGAUUUUCAGGUCUUAGAUAUGUUGCGUGCAAGACGGAUGGAGAACUGUGUUUGUGUGUGGUGAUUUUUGAGUAUUUGCUUAAGUAUCCAAAAUAGAGAUGAUAAAACAUCGCUGGAGAGAGCUAGCUAAGUCCUUUAAUAAUCAUGUUGAUCCUGAAACAACUGAGCGGCUGAAGAGGACUAAAACAGAAAUUGAAAACAAUGUGACAAGGAUCUUCAAGCUUAUAAAAAUCGAAGACCAAGGGAAGAAAGAUGUAAACCAAAAAGAUUUGAAGCAAGAGUCGGAACUUGUUGCACUCAUUGAGAACUUCUACCAACAGUACCAGUCACUAUAUGCUUUAUAUGAUCAUUUAGUAGGAGAGUCUGGGAGAAUCGUUCAUGGCAAGAAAGAGCAAAAAGGUUUUUCCAUGUCUCCCCCAAGCUCAGAUUCCGAAUAUUAUUCCUCAGAAGACGUUGAAGGUAACAAUGCCAGAUUGGAAAGAGCUGACAGCAUCAAGCAUGAACUUAAGAAUGAAUAUUCCGAAGGAUCUGGUGAUCUGAAGCGAAAAUCGGUCUCUGAAAAUGGAGAAAAGGAGGCGAUAAAUUCAGAAUAUUUGGCAGCAUUGAGAAAAAUAAAACAAUCAGAUAUUGUAGACAAUGAUCUAAAGGAUGAAGUGGAUGAAAAAGUAAGAGAACUCUCAGCUCUUGUCGAAGUGCAUGAGGCUCAUGGGAAUCAUUCCUCAGCUCGGGUAAAAGAGUUAGAGGGACAGUUAACAGGCUUUAAAAUGGAGUUGGAAUCCUUAUGCAGCCAGAAAAGAGAUUUGGAAGCAUGGAAAGAAGGUAAAUCUGCUGAAGCUAAACAGCUAGGAGAUAAAAAUAUCGGACUACAUGCGCGAAUUUUGGAACUUGAGUUAGUUUUAAAAGAAAGAGAGGAUGAAAUAUCUGAUUUCAAGAACAAACUCAAGGAAAAUGAGGAGAGCUCAGCGUCGAAAAUUUCAGACUUGAUGACACAUGCCGAAAAUAUGCAACAGGAAGUUGAUUUGUUGUGUGCGCAAAAAGGUGAAAUGGAGAAAAAGAUGGCAAGUAAGAAAAAUGAAUCAGCGACGCAAGUCAGAGGCUUAAGUGAGCAGGUCAAUGCAAUGCAGAAGGAAUUGAAGAUCCUGCACCAGAAGAAAAUUGAAUCACAAGCACAACUGGAUGAGAAGAAUAAAGAAAUCUCCAAGCAUCUGCAACAGAUGGAAAUUCUGAAAGAGGAAUUAACAAAAAAGGACACGGUUGAGAGGAAAAUGAUGGAAGAAAAAGAAAUUUUUCUUGUGAAAGUGAAUGACUUGGAAUCGGAAGUGAAUUCUCUACGUAACAAAAAAAGGAAUGUGGAAAAGCAGAUUAAAAACAGAAACCAUGAGAACAGCAAGUUGAGACAGGAAAAUGAGAGUCUUCUUUCUAGAAUUUUCAGGUUGGAGAGAACUUUGACUGAGAGAGGGGAUGAGAUUUACGCUCUUCGUGGAGAAUGUGAGCAUGGAAAGAACGAAGCUUCUGCUCGACUUAUUGAAUUCACGACGCAGGUCAGCAAUUUGAAACAGGAAAUGGAUUCCUUGCAGGCUCAGAAAAGCCAGUUGGACUUGCAGAUUGAGAUACAGAACAAGCGCUAUUUGGAAAAACUGACUGAGAUGGAAAAUCUAAACGAUAACUUGAUAGUCAAGAUUGGCCAAAUUGACAGAGAUAACCAAAAGUAUUUGGAAAUACUGAGUGAGAAGGAAAAUCAAAACCAUAAUUUGACAGUCAAGAUUUCCGAUCAGCAGAAAAUUAUCAAGAAACAUGAAGAAACUUUCAAGAAGUUCAACAAGGAGCAUAAACAAGCUAAAAUUUGGUUUCCCCAAUCUAAGUUAAAUGUACAAUUUGCCGAAAGGAAGAUGGAAGAAUUAGCAGAGAAGUACCGAAUCAAUCUUGAAGACAACGUGCGCCUCUUGUACCAGAGGAUCAGGGUAGCGGAACAAAUACAUAACGAAAACAAGGAGAGCUACAAGAAGUUCAAGGAGAUGUACGAGAAAGAAAAUGAAGAUCUUAAAGAAAAGCUAUCAACGUAUCAAGAUCCAGACAGAAAGAUGAAGCAAAUAUCGGAAACAGCGAAAAGUACAUUGCAUGGAUUGGACUUAGUGGUGCUUAAAUUUGAGGAGGGACACAAGAACUUUCAAAACCAGAUUGCCAAAAUAUCGGAGGAGCUUGAGUCUGCAAAAACUUGGGUUAAAGAGAAUGCUGGCAAGAUCAAACGGUUAAAGCACAAUGUAGAUUGCUUGACCACACAACUGAAUGAGAAGGAAGAGCAAGAACUUGUGUUGAGAGAGAAAGUUUGGGAGUUGGAAGCAUCGGCGAGCAAGGAAACCGGAGAGAAGCUCAACUUAAUGAAAGAGUUUAGCCAACUUGAGAGUCAGGUGGGAAAUCUUGAGAGGGAAGUAAAGUACAAGGAUGAAGAUUUGUUGAGCCUUGGGGAGGAGAAGAGGGAGGUCAUACGGCAACUCUGCGUGUUGGUUGAUCAUCACCGAAGCCGCUACUAUGAUCUGAAGGAAGCAGUGUCAAAGAGGUCAGCUGCAACAAGUACUAGAGGCAGCAAGACUACAACUUAGGCCUCUCUUAUAACCAUUGUUGUGAUAAUUUUUGUUUGCCAUUAUAAACCCUAUUCGACUCUUGUUCUUUCUUUUUGUACAAGGUAAGUGGAUGUGUUGCUCAAAGUGAA